AUGGAAGUUUCAGACGCCGAUGGUCGAGUCAUUGAUAAAUUUGUCUUAAAGGCCGGUACCGCUAGCGGCUUCAAGCUCAAAGGAAAGUAUCUUGAGCCAGUAGACCAGUCCCAGGGUGUAGGGAUGCGGGUACCCGCAGCGCACUCAGCCAAAAAUGUGGGCGACACUGAAUUUUACGAAGUUUUGUUCCAACAUCCUCCGGACAAUUGA